UGACUUGACGAAAAGGAUUAUCAGGGUUUUUGUGUUGGAUUAAAAAAUGAAUACCAACAUAAAGAACCGUUUUUUUCCCGAUUUGGAUUCCCAAUUGAGUUUGAAAAGAACAAAUAACGCACAUAUUAAGUCAGACCCGUGUCUCUUCCUUGUCGGUUGUAAUUUCAUUGCGUUUGUGCUGGUGUAUUUACGGUAGAGCCCUCCGCCACACGGAAGAAAAGGUUGAGCUAGCUAGAAACAGGGAGAUGUAAAAUUUUCCAGUGCGUCGGUUCCUUUCGCAAUUUUUAGAACAAUCCUUGCGUGGAAGGACCUUUUUUUUAUUAUAGUUUCCCUCACAUAUUACUUUACAUGAAUUAACAUGGCGACGUGCAUUCCCUUUCAAACCCAGUUAUCCUCAAUAAUGGAGGUUUUGGUUAAAGCAGCAGUGGCAGAGAUAUCCAAACUAGUCGAUGACAAAUGUGCGUUUUUGCAUCUUGAAAUAUCCCGAAAACAAAGCGAGAACGAGAUGCUGAAGAGGAAAUUACAGAUAAUGGAGAACAAGAACUCACAGCUGCAGCGAGGGUUUGAAAACUAUAUGGACCGAGGAACAGAUUUGGGGAGGAACUGCCCGCAUCCCACAGGAGACAUAAAGUUUCCAGAGAUUGAAGAUGCCACUCUUUCGUUCACAAUUAAAGAAGAGAGCCCAGAUGAGACGCUGUGGAUCGGCGAUUCUGCUGGACCGAUUGGUUCUGCUGUACAAUACCCUAAUCCAGAUAACGCUCCAGAGAGCCGGCAGCUUGGAGAGAACCGUCAGUUGAACCUUUCAGAGGUCGGAAGGCAAAAAACUACAGAGUUCGGUGACUUGUAUAACUCUGGUCAGCUUGCGGGAGACAUCAGUGGCCUUCAGUUCACUGUCAAGACGGAGAAGGAGGAGGACCGAUCACGCUUCAGUCAGGAUGGAUGCCAGCACAGCGCUGGGAAGCAGACUCAACUUGCUGCUGAUUUUUCCAUCGAUGACAGAGAGAAUCAGCUCUGGUCAUCUAUAAUUGAAGGUAAUGACAUUGAUGCUGGCUUUCCUGACUUUUCUAGCGUGGUAGAGGAGUAUUCCAACACAUUCCCAGACCCCUCUGAUGCCCACGUGGUUUCUAACACCACCAAGCCGGCGAGUGUCCAGCAGUUGUCCUCUCAGAGGCAGUGUAACGGGAUCUACAGCAGUGACUAUCAGAAGGAUGUUCCACAGUCGUCCGGCUUCCAACCCAGACCUCAGGGUAGCCUGUCGCAGCAAGACAGGCAGAAAGAACAAAUUUACACGCAGAGAAACCCCUCACAUGUUGCACAUCCGAGACAGCCAGAUGAACACCCUGAGACGGAGGCUGCAGCCGGAGAUAGGCCUCCCUCGCACCACGCUUUCACACCAGGAAGCUUCCCCGCUCACACCCCACCCCACAAACCUCUCUCCGGCAUGGCGCGGGGCUACGUCUGCUCGCAUUGCGGAAAGACGUUCGGCCGUCUGCACCAGUUCAAGCUGCACCAGCAAAGCCACAAGAGAAAGCGGGCGUUCUGGUGCUCGGUGUGCGGAAAGAACUUCCAGUGUUCGUCCCACCUCAGCAUACACCACCGGACACACACGGGCGAGAAGCCGUACGGCUGCGGACAGUGCGGGAAGAGGUUCACGCAGCAGAGCAGUCUGAGGGUCCACCAGCGCACACACAGCGGGGAGCGGCCCUACAGCUGCUCACUGUGCGGGAAAACCUUCAUCCUGAUGCACCAUUUGAAGCGGCACCGAAUAAUUCACACAUACAGCUGAGGCGGAGAUGUCUAGAAGGAUGUUGCUCAGGUGAAAAGACACGAAUGACCCUAAAAGCCAAAUCAAAAAGCCAGUGAGUGGCAGCUGUUUUGGUUGGGAUUUGUAACCUUGUGGCGUAGCUCACGGACUUUGUACAUUAAUGCAUAUUUUCCUAUGCAAAAUCCAUCCCCUUUUAAGAUGUUUGCUUCUUUUUUAAAUACUUGUCUUAUACUUAUACUAACUUAAAACUGAAUUGCACCCUCAAACAGAAUCCACACAAGUCAGUAUUUUGAAGACACAGCCAAAGCUAGAGAUCCAAAACACCAAAAUGUGGAGUCAUUAAAAACAGAUCCUGCAGAUUUCCUCUCACAGUUACCUGGAGACUGAUCUUCACUCACAGACAGUUUGUUUUAGCUCCUCAUCCGGAAAUAUGCCUUACUUCAUCUCAGCACUGAAACUGUAGAAGCACAAGAUGCUCAUUAUCCCCAGAAACUCCCCCCUUUACAGUCACAAGAGGGCUUUCCAUUCAGAGCCAGUGGAGCACCUCUCAGGUUUAUGUUUUGAUGUCAACAUUGUUAACAAAAAACCUGCCUGACUAUUGUUCUGAGCUGAAUUAUUCCAUCAAACAUAUCCCCUAAAUCUGUUUGCCCUUUGUUAUGAUUUAUUAAAGGAUAAUUAAAAUCA